AGGGCCGGGGUGCGCCUGCGCGCACUCCCGACCAGGAAGUGCCGAAGCGUUCGGUGGUGAGCUGCUCGCCGGCCGCCGCACAAUGGGUCGCGUUAAACCUUGGCUCGCCGCUCUUUUUGGCCUAACGCUGUGCGCUUUGAUCGAGGCAGGCAAAGCUGAGCAUUUUACUAUUAAAAUUACUCCUGGAGAAACGUUGUCAAAUGGGACGAUCUAUGUAAUCAAACACACCGAUGUUUCAUUCAACUGCUCAACAACGUCACAACAGAAGUCAAAUAUAUCCUGGUCAUUUAGUCGGGAUUCAGUGCAACAAACUUGUAGAAAGGUUGAAGGAACCUUUGUGGAAUUUACAUAUUCCAAUAUGGGAAGUGACAAGCAAGGGAACUAUACUUGCUCAACAAAUGUCAGUGUUACCAAGCAAGUUCUUGUCUACUAUCCGCCAGAGGGACCUCCUUUGUGUCGUGCAGAAUCCUUUGACAAUAGCGUGCAUCUGCUUUGUUCUUGGACCGCUGGAUAUCCCCAUCCAACAUUUGUUUGGUCAAAUAAGACUUGGAAAUACGAAGCUAGUGAUCAAGUGCACGGCCAGCCAGGAUUAAAUGAUAGCGUGGUCCUACAAAUUAAAGGGUCAGAUUUACAUGAUGGCGAAAUAUUUAAAUGUGUGGGUCAUCAUAUCGCAUAUGAACAAAAGAUGGAACCAUCGUGCUCAAUAAUGUUGAAGGCUCCACUUCCUGAAUCAGAACCUCUUAUAAAUGGAGUUGAGGGAAAGAAUACAACACUCACCUGUCACUCUAAGGAAGGAAAUCCUCUUCCCAAAUUAACCUGGCUACGAAACAAUGACGUGGAAAUUUUCUCUAACAGUAGAUAUGUAGUCUUACAAGAAGGUGUUACUGCAUACCUAACAAUACAACAGUCAUCUAAAGCAUUGGAUGAAGGGAGAUAUGUUUGCAAGAGUGAAAAUCCUCUGGGGAUUAAAGAAGUGGAAAUAUGGGUCUCAUUUAACAAUAAAAACAUUUCUGGAUUGGUUGGAGCAAUUGCUAUCCUUGUACUUCUGAUUAUUGCUGCAGUUUGUGGAAUUUUCCUCUAUAGAAACAGGAAACUUUUUAUCGCAAGAAGCCAGUUUUGGCAAACGGGUUCAAAUGUUUUUACUCUGGUGGAUUCGGAGGAAGAGGAAUAUCUUGCAGAUGAGGGUUCAUCUGGAAUAACCUCAGUUGUUAAUCAUCAAUCUGUUCAGUCAAUAAAUGGUCAUGCUGUUGUUGAAGGUAACCAACAAAAAACUCAUAAUGACCAGCUUCCAAAUGAAGGAAGAAACGAGAGUGACGUUUAAAGGACCAGAGGAAAUAUGAUGGCUUUGGUGCAAUAUUUUUUGCGUAAAUCUGUGGAGAAGUGUGCUGUGUUGGGGAUUUCCAGUGAGCUCUGAUUGAGCUAAUAUAUUAUCUGGAUACAAUUAAACUAAUAUUAUUGUAUAGUCUUUUUUUUUUAGAUGCACUGAAACCAAUGACACAAAAAUGUUAGGAACUGCUUUUAAACACCAGUAUAUGUAGACUGCCACAAAAAUUAAUAUAGUUUAUGCUCAGGAUUUAAGUAUGAAAGGUAGGUCUAGUGAGUUUGUUGUAUCUGUCCAGUAGUAACCUUUUGGCUUGCAAAUAAUUUAGUUUAAAAGUGCCUUGUUUGUUGCUUUUUAUAAAAUAAUGCUCUGCAUUCAACUCUGAGUGUCUAUUUGUAAACACUACAAAAUAUUUUUGAGCAUUUUUAAAGAAGAAUCUUUUUGUAAAAUUGUACAUUAUAAUUAAGUGUUAAAAUGAUUCUAUUCAUCUUAGUUUUGUUCAGUGAUUGAAUUAUUUAUGCAAAUAGGAAUCAUUUUAUAUUAAUACACAGACAAAUAUCAUGUUUAUUUUAAGUGGUUUGCUAUUUGUGUAGCUUAGCUUGUGUCUUUUUUAUAAACAAAACCUGUAUUAUGUGCUAACAGCAGUUUUCAUAAAAAGAAAAAAUAUAUAUAAUUUGUAUUUAUAAAGCUGAUUUAACACAGAAGAAGCAUUCCUCAGCAGUUUAGAGGUGUUAGUGGAUCAGUCAAAAAGGGAGGUACUACGGGGUGUAAAUAACCUUGGACAAGUGAGUAUAUAUUAAAGAGUUUUAAAGGACAGUAAGCAGAAGGACAGGUGGUUCAAGAUUGGUGAACAGAAAAAGUUAGAAAACUUCAGGAUCAUGGUCUUUUCGGGGGCUUUGCUAUUCCGUGUAUGGUGGGUAGUGGUGGGGUGAUACUUUUUCCUGAUGCGGGUGGGGGAGGGGGAAUUUGGGGUUCUAACGUUUUUCCUGUCAUUCAUUCUUUGGGGGUCUUCUGUUUUGUGGAUGUCUGCGGAGAGUAAGAAUUUCAGGUUGUAUAUUGUAAACAUUCUCUGAUAUUAAAUGGAGCCAUUGAACCAUUGAAAGUAAGUGAUAUUUUAAAGAAGAGUAUAUUAUUUUUUGAGGUUGAAACAAUUUCUGGGAAUUAGGGGGAAAAUGCAAGAUAGCAAUCCAAAUUUGUGUUUUGUUAAUCUAAGACAUUCAAAGCUAACUAUACUUCGGAGGAUUUCAAUUCAAUUAGUUUAAGUAAUCUGGAAUAAGAUGAUAAUAUUAGUGGUGGUGACCAUGAUGUAAAAGUCCAUCUAACAUGAGUAUUUCUCUGUCUAUUGUUGAAUAAUUUAUGCCACUCAUUAUUCUAGUGUUUUUUUGAGUCUAUAUACACAGUACCAAAUAAUACACAUAGGAAUACACCAUCAAAAUACCAGUGUAAAUUGCCUAGUGUUUUUGGUUUAUGAAUUUUGCUCAGCAAAGCAUUUAUCUGAAUUCCUUAUCAAUUUUAUUCUUUGGGCUCACAUGCCUACAACUAAGUGCAUGUCCCUUAACAGCCUUCUGAAAUAGGCUAGUGAUACCUCCUUAGCAGUUGAUAUACAACUGUGUAUCAGCCCAUCUCCCCUAUUGAAUCUUCAGCAUGACUAAAACUUGUAUAAACCCAUUGGUGCUAAAGUCCUUUACACUAAUGUGGGGAUGUGCCAAGAGUGGGAGCCACCCUGAAGGUGAAUCCAGCCAACGCUUCACAUUGCUUUUGUUCUAGAACUGUAUGUUUUUAAUCAGCAUUCCUCACAAUUCCUGGGAAUAUCCUGUCCCAACUACCAGUGCCGUCCAGAAAUAUUGUUUACUGUUGGACAGACUGAGAUUGAAAUGGUCCAAGUUGAUCCCAAGCUUCGAAAGUUUCACAAUACAAGAUCAGAUAAGGACAGGGAAACCUACUAAUCAUCAUAUGCUGGCUUCAGUUAGUUGAUAAAUCAAUGAUCCAAUACUGUUUGGAAGCAAUGCUUCUGCAAGGCUGCUUCUCGUACCAGAAGGUGAGCUUCAGUGCCCAUCAAUUAAAAUAGGGUGGUAGUAUGUCAAUAUCCUUCCAAUAAGGGGAAACAAACACAAAAAAUAUAUCUGCCAGCUUUUGUGUAUGUGGUCAUGUCAUCCUCCUGGUAGUUGAGUUCAAGACCUGUCUUUCCAGAUUUGGCCCUAACUGGUUGCAGCUUUCCCCGGGCCACUUGCGGAACAGUGGUACUUGACCUCUGCAGGUCAGUAGUGUGGCCCAGGGUAUCCCCACAUCUGCUUCCAUCAAGCAGCUUGGUCUCUGUGAGAUAGCACGUUUUUCUCCAAUUUGGGAUGCCCUGUCAUGAACUCAUGAUCUGUGGUGCAAUGCACGUUGAAUCAUUGCUCUCUUAUGCUGUAUUUGGUAUUAGUCAUUGUGGGUUUUGUUGUCACCAGUUCUUAAUGGUGUCUCUGUUGUGAAAGUGUGACUGACUGAGCUGCACUUACUGUUCUGCCAGUCUUUCUCCCCUUAGUAAGGGUGUCAAAUGAAGGCAGGAGAAUAGGGUUGAGAGGGAAAAUAAAUCAGCCAUAAUUGAACGGUGGUGCAGAAUCGAUGGGCUGAAUGUCCUAAUUCUGCUCCUCUAUCUUAUGUUCUCUUGUUGGGGGGUGGGGUAGAAACCUUGUUAGCCUACUCAAAUCUGUGCACAAAACAUCUCACUGUCCUUUGGGUUGGAGUAUUACAGAGUAAGGCAUGUCUGUGAUGAGUGACCCUUCGACUACAGUCCGUUGACCACCUUCCCAAUGUUCUCUACCUAUUCAUCAUCUGUGGAAAAUGGGGUGAUGUCCAGUAAUCUUUAGAGAAGCUUAACAGCAAAAAUCAACAUGUAUGUACAUGGAUCUCCUCUGUUGCACUGGUGCAAGGUAGAUUACAGCAAAUAUCUGCUUCUCAACUUGUACAUAAUCCAUCUUUUCAUUUGGCUAACUGGCCCUCCUGAAAGAUCAUCACUCCAAGAACCCCUUCUAAAUGAUAGCUCCUUCUUAUCACCAAAGCAUGGCAGCACAGGCUAUCCUGUGACCACCCAUGGUUUGAUUCACUUUACUUCCCAGCUUCUCACAUCCCCCCGCCACCCACCAACCUGCCCCCUCAUCUGGUCUCACCUAUCACCAGUGUUCCAUCUUAAGGUUUGUGUGUGUGCACGUGCACACACCUUUUGCUACUAGUGCACAAAAGAAUUUAAACUGCGCACAAAAGGUUGUCACCCUCUACCUCAGAGGCAAAUUAAGUAUAUUUCACAAUCACAUUUCCAUUUCCGGUUUCUGAUGCGGACAGUGUUGACAACAUGGAGUUGUUGAUGAUUUGUCUGCAAAUUUUAUAACUGGCUUAUUUAUACUGUUUUUAUUGAAGAAAUUACUGAUUCACUGUGUCGAAUUCCAAAGAAGCAAAGACCAUGAAGUGCAAAAGAACUGCUAAUUUAUUUAAACCAGAAUGGCUUAAUGAAACAGUGGAAACUGCAACACCAAAAGCUCAUGAGGUCAGGAACGUGCGGCUACGAAAAAUAUUUCUGUACAAUAAAGAAACUGGUGUUCCCUACGUGUAUUAUUGUGAUAGAAAAGUUGCUAGAGAAUUUGCAAGUGGGAAGAAGUGGAGUGGUAUUUGGAAACUUGACUCUCUUUAAAGUGUUGUUUAGCAAGCAAACCAAAUAUGGUGCAAAAACUCUGGAGAGAAAAUCCUUCAUUACCUGCUACAGGCUAGCUAUUUAUGUUGUGUGAGAGUGCAGAUGAAUGAGAGCGAAAGUGAUGAAGCCCAGGGGAGAUCAAAGUUCCUAUUGACAGUGUUUUGCUAGCUGUUAAAAUGAAUACCUCUAUAUAUCAAAUUCAGUGCACACAGGUUGUCGUCACUGGGCAAAAAAUUGCAUAGCACAAGAUUUCUGCACACACUGGUCAUUACAAGUUAGAGGGAACAUUGCCUAUCACCCCACAGCUUGUACUCCACCCAUCCCCCCACCUUUUUAUUCUGGCUUCUUUCCCCUUCCUUUCCAGUCCUGAAACGUCAGCUGUUUAUUUCCCUCCAAAGCUGCGGCCUGACCUGUUGAGAUCCUCCAGGAUUGGGUGUGUACUGCUCACCAUUCAGCCCUUCUUCCUCAUUUUUCAAAUUGGAGCACACAUCUCACUCAAGUCGGUCAGUAACUUGCUGACAAAGAUGACAAACCCCGGAAAGCGUUGAAAUCUUGAGACAUCUGCGGAGCUUGGCAUCUUCAUGAGGAGAAGGAGAAGAUGGCGGUGCGACGCAGCGCGCGCGUCUUCUCCGGUGAAUAAUAUCUGUAAUCUGUCAAAUAGGGGACCGUGCACAAUUCUGAUUUGAUGGAGACAGACGUGAGAGUAUGGAGGAACAUGUAGAGAAACUUCUGAAAUGUCCGCUUCACUGCCGCUGCUACUGUGUGGUAACCGGAAUCUCCGGAGCAGAAGGCCCCGAAUCCUCAGCUUUGCUUGUUUCGGUUGCUGGGGUUAGGUCAAAGGUGCUCAGGAGGCUGUAUUGGAGGGGCUGGUCGGAGGCUCAAAGUUUUCGGACGGAUGGACUGGGUGUCAGCUGUGGUCGACUGCUUCCAAGGCAUCGGCAGUUGUCGGUGCCUUGGAAGUUUAUGGCAGGGAGUUUCUCCCUUUUGCCGCCUGCUAUCAGGGACUUGGGAGUCGAUCGGGACUUGAGACUUUUUUUGCCGUGCCCAUGGUCUGUUCUUUAUCAAAUUAUAGUAUUGUUUUGCACUGCUGUAACUAUAUGUUAUAAUUAUGUGGUUCUGUCGGUGUUAGUCUUUGAUUGUCCUGUUUUCUGUGAUAUCACUCUGGAGGAACAUUGUAUCAUUUCUUAAUGCAUGUAUGCAUUUCUAAAUGAGAA